AUGCGGGAGAUGGAAAUCGAGAUGAUGGAGGGUGCUCUGAAAACCCUCUUUGCGCGGAUGGACGAGCCGGAUAUCUACAAGGUGCGCGAGAUCCUCAUGCGCCUGGCGAAGACCAACCCCAGGCCGAACCAGAACCUUGCGGGAGACUGGAUCAUCUUCUGGGCCUCUCGAGAAGGCUGCAUCGACAAGCUGUUCGGCACCGGCAUGACCGACGAGGGCUGGUGGAUGCAGCUGCAGGAAUACCUUCUCCGCUUCGGAAAGAAGAAGGAAGGUCGAGUUUGCGAGGCCAUCGAGAUCGUUCGAAAAGUCGGCCCCUUCCCCAACCAGUCAAAUUGCCUUCGAGGCAAUUACGCCAUCUCCGGCACCAACCGGCUGAAGAUCACCUUCUCCGAGAUGAAGACCGAUGAAGGCAAGGAUCUAGAGUUCCGGGAGGGCAAAAAGAAGAUGGUGGUCGACGUAGAUGUCAUCUAUUCCUCGAAGAAGAUGAUAGCGAUCCAGUGGGAGGAUGAUAACGGUGAGUGCGACUUUUACGUGCUCACACGUGUCAAAGACCUUAUUGCCGAGAGAGACAAGUUUGUGGGUACUUCCCGCGCGCGGUAUUUCUUCAACUGA